AAACUCGCGCUGUGAGGCAGAAGUCAAUCCUGACGCUGAAUAUCAUGUUGUUUACGCUCAGAAUGUAAAUACAAUUACAUUAAAAGGUAAGAGCAUCGAUCUUUAUGAAGAUACGGAGCAAAUACAGACCAGUUACAUAUUAAAUAUAAUUAAAGAGCUGUUGCAGGCACUGCUGCGGACAGCACAGAUAUUUAUUCAGGGCAGAUGCAAUAAAGGUUAGAUGUCGAUGAAGAAGAGACCGGGCUCAGCUCUGUCUGUUGUGACUGAGUUCAGUGGAUCUGGUUUCUUAAACCCCAAACCUGCUGAAGAUGAUCCUGAAGAAGAUCUGCUCGAUCAGAGACUCUCUCCUCACAAACUGAAAAUUAUUUCUGGAUCAGACGAUCUACACGCGGUGACGUCACUGGAGAUGUGUGUUGACACGCGACAGAAAUCUCUGGACAACUUCGGAAACUACUUGCCCAAACUUACCCAGCUGAAAAUGAACAACAGUUUGAUCUCAUCUGUGCGGGAUCUGGGAACCGGUCUUUCCCACCUGCAGGUCUUGUGUCUGGCUCGAUGCGGUCUGACCGACCUGGAGGGCAUUUCUGCUCUUUCCUCCUUAAAGGAGCUGUACGUGGCCUUCAACCGCAUCUCCGAGCUGAGUCCAGUCAGUUUGCUGGAGGAUCUGGAGCUGCUGGAUCUGGAGGAGAACGAGCUUGAAGAUCUGGCUCAGUUGUGGUAUUUGGGCCGUUGUGUGAAGCUCAGGACUCUGUCUCUGGAAGGAAACCCUGUGUGCCUCCGUCCCGCUCCAGGAGCCUCCGAGGCGUCAGGCUUCAUCUUCAGGUCUUCGGUGCGAGAGCUGAUUCCUCAGCUGAUCUUCCUCGACGACGUUCCUGCUGAAGAGGACAAACCUUCUCUUCUCAGAGACUCCAUCGAAGACGCUUCGGUCAGAGACGGCCUGCAGCUCGCAGAGAGCUCCGUCAGACCUGCUUCAGCCAGACCUCUCUCCUCCUGCUCCGGAUCAAGAGCAGACCUCAGCGUCCUGAACCACGAGGCCAGUGAUCUGACCAACGGUGUUGGUGGAGUUCUGUGUGGGAAUCCUCUGCAAGCUGCUCGAGCGCGGAGACAGAGAAUAAAGCUCCAGAACUCUGCUCCUCAAACCCGUCCCAGCUCUCUUCCUGAAAACACGAGGGAAGAGACGAGCCCCGAAAACCACCGAGAUGUGCUUCAUGAACUCAGAACCUGGAGGAUCGAGCACGAACGUCUGUUGUUUAUGGAGAAGGAGCGUGAGCCGCAGGUGACGAGGAUCCACCACAGCGAUGAAGAUGAAGAUGAAGAUGAAGGCCGUCACAGUCUGAGCAGUGAUGACAUCACCGGAGGCUCUCCUGAUUGGUCGGUUCGGUCGGAGACGCUGAGACUCAGCUCUUCAUCGGGCUGCUCCAUGUCUCCGUCUCCUCCACCCAGAGCCGCGGGACAGAGACUCACACAGAUCCGCCGCCGGAGACUCCUGGGGAGCACUGAUGCAUCGUGGGUCAGAUGAGCUCAGGUCUGAGGUUGUUGAGGAGGAUUUGAUUGACAGGAGAGUCUCGGUCAGAUGUCACGUGAUCCUGAACGUCACUCUUCUUCUACACGUCUCUGAAGAUGUCCUCAGAGUCCUGACAAACACAGCAGUCUCCACACGCUCCGGUCUUCAUCUGCUUUGGACUGAAUUUUGUGAAUUUUUUGUGCACGUCCAAAUUUUUGUAUAUUUUGAAAAUGAAGGAUGGAAAAUGGUUAAUAAAGGCAAACAGAGAAUGUAAAAAUUGUAUUAUAAUAAAGAGAAAAUGUACACAACCAUUUAAUAGCUUGCAAGCAUUUAGUCGGAAAUCUUUGUCUGAAAUACAUGAACUGAAACACAUGAAGUGCCUCCGAAACAUUCGUCCAUCAUAAAAAAAAUAGCAUUCUCACAACAUUAAAAAUGUUUUUUCUAAUAUUCUUAUAUCAAGAGAACUAAUCCUCUCUCUCUUGAAAGGUGUGGUUGUUGGUGGCUACAUUAAAGAAAAUACUACACACCACACAAACUUAAAUUACCCUUUGACCUCUGACCUUUGCAAAAUUGACAUUGCAUUUCUCAAUCACCAGAGGGCGCCACUAUAUAAUUAAAAUACAGUUAUAAAAUACACAUAACAAAGGCAGUCAACAUAAUACUGUAACAAUACUUGUACAUAAUACUGGCAUAAUACUGAAAAUAAAUAAGUAAAAUUGUGUAUAAGAUUGUCUAUGAAAAAUACAGAAAAGGAAAAACCCAAUGUUUACGAUUUUGUGAUUUCCUGUGAUUUAUUAUGAACUUGAGUUUGUAUUUUUGAGG